GAGCCCUAUUACGAAAAUCGAAAUACGAAGUUUCGGUUGACGGAUCGUACAUUUUCCUAUUACGAAAGUGUUUCGAAUCCGAUGAUCGAAACGAAGUUCGUGAUUAGACAUUUUGUCUUUCGUUUACCUUAUUCCCAAAUUCACUUGACAUUUACGUUUUCGUUGUUGGACAUUGUUAUGAUCGUAACAACAACGUCACUUUUUACGACAGACAUAUAGGUUUCGUUUUAGAUAAAAUAUAUUUAUUUUACUAUAAAAUGGCACGUUUAUUAAUAUACGAAGAGGUCUUUUUAAACGAAGAAAACUUUGAAAGAGCAAGAGAGCGACGUCGUCUUCGGCAAUAUUUAUUUAAUAAACAAAUUCCCGAUGGGCAAUUUGUUUUAAAUUAUCGCCUUAAUCGUAGUUUAUAUGAAAAACUGUGUGAAGAGAUCAUACCACUAAUGCCUCCUAAUAAAAAUACGAGAGGGAUUGAUCCCUCAAUCAAGAUCCUUACUGCCCUUGCAUUUUAUGGGAGAGGGAGCUAUCAGGGAGCAGUGGGACUAAAUAUGGAUGGCCCUUUGGCACAGCCAACUGUGUCAAAGUGCCUCAAACAAGUAACCGAGGCACUUAAUAGUUCAUCCAUAUUAAGGACAUAUAUUAAAUUUCCCCAAAACAGACAGGAACGAAAUUUUAUAAAAGAAAGUUUUUAUGAAAAAUAUGGGUUUCCUGGCAUAUGUGGGUGCAUUGACUGUACUCAUAUAGCUAUUGUGAGGCCACAAGAAAAUGAAGAGCGUUUUUUUAAUAGAAAACAUUUUCACUCCAUUAAUUGUCAAGUGAUAUGUGAUGCAAAUUGCAAUAUAAUUAGUUUAGAUGCCUCAUAUGGUGGAGCUACUCAUGACUCAUUUAUUUGGCAGAAUAGUGAAAUUUGUGACCACCUGGAGAGUCUCACUAAUACCACAGAUGAGACCGCUAUACUACUUGGUGACUCCGGCUAUCCUCUAAGGAGAUAUCUGAUGACCCCAAUUGAUGGAGCUCCAGAUGACUCUCCAGAAGGACACUAUAAUGCCAAACAUAAAAGAGUAAGAUCCACUAUAGAGCGCACUUUUGGGCAACUAAAAGGUCGAUGGAGAUGUCUUUUGGCAGCCCGGCAACUCCAUUACAAGCCAGAAAUGGCCGCAAAGAUAACAAUCGCAUGUUGUGUUUUACAUAACAUGUGUGUUCAGUCGGGGUUAGAUCCUGUAGAAUUAACACAGGACGAACUUCAUGUAGAAGCGGAAAGGCAAAGAAGGGUGAAUCAACAUGUUACUGGGCCACCAUUAGAGCAGGGGCAGCGCACACGAAAUGAGCUAAUACAAUUACUCAACAGAAAUUUAAGAUAAAGACAGAGGUUUUUGUACAUAUAUAUAUUUAAAUAAAAAAGGGACUAAAGUUUUUCAAUUAUAUUUUUCAAAUUAUUAUUCAAUUCUUUUAAUUCCUCCAGGAUGCCUGCUAGGAUAUCCCUUUUAUCUACUUCAAGGCGAAGGAUUUGUUGCUUUAUGUCGGGCUGUGACACACGUACCCGUCUGCGUGGCCGCCUUGAUGCUGUAAAAUUUUGGUAGAAAAUAAAUAACUUAACUACAUAGUAA